CUCUGAUUGGUCGAGAACUGAGCGCCUCGUCCAAUGACUAGAAUGUCACCGUUUUCAAAUCUACUCUGAAAACGCUCGGCCUGGUGAUUAGAGACCUGAGACCCGCCUGCUAUUGAAAUGGAGAGCUUUCUAAGGCGGAAGCUUGCCCAGGCCGGCUCAUCUCUUCAAAAACCUGUUUCCUCUUACCAGCCUAUCAAAUUGCCAGAUUUGUGUUCUAGUUUCUAUUCAAUUGCAGAUGAACCUUUUCCUCAAGUGUCUGGAUUUCUUGAUGACACCGUCGGCCCAUCCUUUCUUUUAAAUGAAACAGGAACUGUGUUGAAUUCCCCUGCUUGCACGCCAUCAGAAAAGCAUGCAAAAAAUAAGGAUGAAGGAGUUUUAGCACCCAGAAAAGAGACUACCAAUGACUCUGGCCUUAAUUGCUCUCUUGGAGCACAUUGUCAGUCGGCAAAUGUAAGCAUGUCUACUAGAUCGCCACAGAAUGAGAAAGACAUUACCAGUGCAACAGCGGGCAAAGCAGAUGGUGACUGCAAUGAUGCCACGGCAUCCAUUACAUCUUUAGAGAAAUCUGAUUUAAUUAGUGUAGAGUUGAAGAACAGCACUUUUGAAGUGUCCCAUGACUCGAAAGAACGGUCUGACGCUGGUAUUAAUGCAACUGUUGAUCUACACAACAUCAGUAAGAAGAACAGCAUUUUUGAGUCUCAGGAGCCAAAGGAGGGGUCUGACCCUAUACUUAAUUCAACAGUGGAUAUUGAUGACCCUAAUACAAAGACAGAGACCGGAAACACCACUGUUGAACUGGUCCAGUCACAUGACCCUAAAGAGGGACCUGACACUGGGGUUAAUACAACUGUGGAUAUUCCUCUUCUAGACAGAGCACAAUCUAAAACUAAUGCAUGUGAUGAUAACACUGUACCAUUAAACACUACUACUACUACAGAACAGCCAAAUGAAACCUUGAAGGAACUAUAGACAUACAGCCACAAGAAAAACUGGAUGCUAGUAUUAACUCUACUGAGGUUAAUACAAUAAAAAACACAGAGGAAGCUCAUUUUAACAUCAAUGAAACUGUUGAUAUUGUGGAGCAAAUAGCCAGUGCUCCUCUUCAACCCUCUGGUGAGGUCGAACAAUCAAACUCUGUUCCUAUAAAACC